AUGGCUCAAAUUGCUCCAUUUGCCUUUGAAGCGGACGAGAAGGUUUGCAAGCUGUAUGUCGAGCAAUUGCAAGAUGUCGUCAACGGCGGGGACUACAUGCCUAUGGAGACGACUUUCAGCGAGGAAGACGAUCCAAAUAUAUUCGACCACGUCUACUCUUCUUUGAUUCCUUAUCAGCACUACCUGGAUUUUUUCGACGACGGGCCAAAACCUCAAGUCUAUUGGAUAUGGGUCACCUCCACCUGUCGCUAUUGGCGCGAUCUCAUCUGCGGGACUCCGAAGCUUUGGUGCGACAUUCAUGUCUACCGUCGACCUGACUGGCUCAAACUAUGUCUGCCCCGAGCGGCGACCCAACCGAGCGCUGGCCUGGUCAAGCUCCACUUCCACUGCCCGGACUUCCCGCUUUUUGAGUUGAACAUACUAUUCCAUCGUCAGUACGCGACUUCCCUCCAAACAAUCACAUUCGGUGCGCACCCCGUAUGGACCACGUUCUUUCGCAAGUUGUUGUCGACGACCUUACCGAACCUCACGACUUUGGAUGCGUAUCCUCAUCUCACGUCGUUUUCCGCAUUUUUGGACAUUAACACCACUCCAGACCUCGCGCUGAGUGCAGACAACGCUCCACGACUUGACGUGCUCCGCUUGUCCUUGCUCGGUCCACCGACUAGCGUCGACCUCUUUUCCAGGUUACGGAUCUUAGAGCUCUCCGAGGCAUCGUGGCGCAUUCCGUUCAACACCCUUUUGGACAUAUUGGCCGCUUGCAGCAGCUUGGAACGUCUCAGACUUGAUCGCGUCCUCGCCGAUGUGACGGAUAUUCCUCGGCCAGGUGAAGGGCUCCGUAGACCUGUUAUCACACUUCCUCGCCUCCACACGCUCGUAGUGACCUCCCCGCAUACGUUCCGCACCUACACCCAGGUCCUUUCCCAUCUCGGUCUUCCUGCUGUCACCGUACUCCGUAUCGCGUCUAUUUUCGAGGGAGUCGUUGAAAAUGGACUUAGUCUCCUCCCUGAAACGUUCUCAGCGCUCCUCCCACCCUCCUCUGCAUCCCGCAUCCGCUCUCUCGCCACCAUUGACACCGUCGAGUACAUUGCAUACCGCGAUAUCUACUCCCUGUUCGGGAGGACGAGGUUCAGCAGCCGCAAUAUCCUGCAACUAUCCUUUGACAGGAGCGAAGCAAACGAACACAUUCCUCGCGACGAACCGGGCUGGCAGGGAGCUACGAAGACCGGGCUCCGCGACCUCGUUCGCCUCGUCCCAGCGAACAACCUGAGCAACAUACAACUGCACGUGGAUUUCACUGCGCUAGACCGCGGAGAUCUCGAGGUCGCCAUUCGGACGUUUCCCCGGCUAGCAUCCCUGUCUCUCACUGGCACGGGCGACGUUGGUCGGGCAUGGAAGAUUCUUACCCCCACGGACGAGGAAGCCGAGAUGCUUUGUCCGGGGCUGGCAGCCGUCACCAUCUCCGACGGAGUGGACGGGGACGGGUUCUAUGCAUCCGAAGAGUUCUUCGACGUCCUCCUCCGCAGCCUUGAGGCACGCAUGGCGCGCGGGGCGCGUCUUCGUCUCUUGCAGCUGUGCUUGCAUCACUGGACCGAGGACGAGUACGAUACGCUGCAGGGCAAGUACCUGGCUCGCCUGAAGAAGCUGGUGGUCGGGAGGGUUGAGUACGAGCACGUUGAGUCGUCGGACGAGGACAGCGGAGAUGGUGAGAGCAAUGAGCGAAUGGGGGAGAGCGACGAUGAGGACGACGAAGAGGAUGAGGAUGAGGUGGACGAGGAUGAUUAAGUACUUCCUGCACGUGGUUGUAUAUGUGAGAAUCCAGGACUCGUCGU